AUGCCACCACGUACUGGCACUGUGGUUGGGAUCUUUGGUGUUCUAUUGGGCGUCAUUCUAGCCGUCCAGCUCGCUUUCAACUUCCGGGGAACCAACCGGGCUGUUCAAAUCGGCCGUUCAGUGCUGCUCCAGCCGUCGCAUGCCACUAAGGCAGCUGCCCAAGAUGAUAUCUUUAACCUUGGCGUUGGAAAAGCAGAUGUUACAGGACCGGUUGUAGAAAUCACAUUUAUGGGAUUUGCGGACUCUGAGCAAAAAGGAACUGGUCUUCGCCAGCGCCUUUACUCCCGCACAUUCAUCAUCGAGAAUCCCAGCAAGCCAGAAGAUACUUUUGCCUAUAUUGUUACCGAUCUCGCCGCCGGCGAUACCGCUGUGCGAGAUGGUGUCCUCAAGGGGCUUGCCGCCAUGGGACCAGAGUACGCUCGGUACGGGUCUCACAAUAUCGCUCUGUCCGGAACUCAUUCUCAUGCCGGACCCGGUGCCUGGCUUAACUACCUGUUGCCACAGAUACCUAGUGCAGGAUUCGACAAGGCCAGCUACCAAGCCAUUGUCGAUGGUGUCCUGCUCUCGAUCAAGAGAGCUCACGAAGCUAGGACACCUGGCCGUUUAAGUUUCGACACCGCAGACCUUGUUGAUGGCAACAUCAACCGAAGCCCAUACUCGUACCUUCAUAACCCUGAGGAUGAGAGAAAACGAUACCAGUACGACACCGACAAGACACUCAGCCUCUUGCGGUUCGAUCGUGCAUCAGAUGACAAAACUAUGGCUAUCCUGACCUUCUAUUCUGUACAUGGAACCUCGCUCUACGCAAACAAUACUCUCGUUUCAGGCGACAACAAGGGUGUUGCUGCCUACCUUUUCGAAAGAAGUGCCCAAGGUGAUGACCGGUUUGCUGACGGUUUCAUUGCUGGAUUUUCCCAGUCUUCCGUGGGAGACACAUCCCCUAACGUCUUGGGGCCAUUCUGUGAAGAUACCGGCUUGGAUUGCAAAUUUGAAGAUAGUACCUGCAAUGGUAGCACCGCAAAGUGCCAUGGACGUGGCCCAUUUUACCGUGAGCUCGACCAGGGUACAAAAAGCUGCUUCGAAAUGGGACGUCGACAGUACAAUACUGCCAAGGAGAUCUAUGAAAAGAUGGAUACGUCUGCAAAGAGACUCAGAGAUAACUCUGCCGUUAAAGCCUUCCAUGUUUACAAAAACUUUGAUGGGUACACUUUCCAGUCGCCAUUUAACCCCCGCAAGACUUUGACUACUUGCUCAGCAGCCUUGGGUUUCUCCUUCGCUGGAGGUACGACCGAUGGACCAGGAAAAUUUGACUUCACGCAGAACGGCACUGAUUCGCCCGGUACAAAGAACCCUAUCUGGUACAUUGCCAGAGACUUCUUACAUGCUCCCUCCAAGGAACAAAAGGCCUGCCAAAAACCCAAGAAGAUUCUCCUUGACGUUGGUGACAUCACUGUCCCCUACGCUUGGACUGCCAACAUCAUUGAUAUUCAAGUUCUUCGUGCUGGUCCAUUGUUCAUUAUCGUUGCCACGCCUGAAGUCAGCACCAUGUCAGGACGACGAUGGAAACAGGCACUCGCGAAUCACGCCAAAGAUGUCUUGGGUGUCAGCAGCCCGCUUGUUGUCCUCGGUGCACCAUCAAACACAUAUGCCCACUACGUCACAACCGAGGAAGAAUACGGCGUUCAACGCUACGAGGGUGGCUCUACACUCCACGGUCCACAUACCCUUGCUGCCCAUGUCAACCUCACCCUCACCUACCUCCCAUACCUUGCCGCAGACUCCAAUGAUCAUCCUGAACCUGGCCCGUACCCACCAAUUAACACCGACAAGUCCCUUAGCUUCAUCACUGGUGUUGUCCUGGAUAACCCCGGCAUUGGCAAGAACUUCGGCGACGUCGUCAAAGCUCCGGAAGAGGGCAAAACCUUCCGCCCCGGAGACAAUGUCAAGACUACAUUCGUUGGCGCCAACCCCCGCAACAACUUUCGACUAGAAAAGACAUUUGCUGCUGUGGAGCGUCAAGUUCCGAACACGAACAAGUGGGAAGUUGUCCGUACUGAUGCCGACUGGAACUUGGUAUAUAGCUGGAAGCGCAUUGGUCCGAUUAUUGGGACUAGUGAGGUUACCAUUGAAUGGGAGAUUGAGGAUGACUACUAUUCCAUUGGUAAUAAGAAGAAGCUGGAGAGCGGAACCUACCGUCUUCAUUAUUAUGGAGAUGCGAAGGCUCCUGUUACUGGGAAGAUAUCAGCCUUUGAAGGCAUUGGGCCCGCUUUCAAGGUUGAAGUUUAG